AUGGUUGUUCAAGCAGCAGCUCGUGGUAUCGUCGAAGAAGGAAAGAUACUCGACAAUUCGGCGGAAGGAGGAAAGUUGAGUGGAAUGCUUCUCAAUCAUAAAAAUGGUACAAUUGAAGAAGUCGUUCAAUGCUGUGCUCAUCUGCACGCACUUGAAAGCUUUCUUUACAAAAGUCUCACUGAGUCCAUGCGUCUUGUUGAAAAUGAAGACGAAACAAACAAAGGAAUUUGGCAUAGCAAAGUAUCGACUUGGCGUCCUUUUGCUCUUUUGCUUAAUUUAGCAUUCACGUACAAUGUAUCUACAAACAAAGUUGCACUUUACAGAGGGGCGAACUUGCUCGAAGACCGAAUUGACAGUUUUCGAGCAAAUGUUGGAAAAGAGCGAUCAUUUCAUGCAUUCACAUCUGGAAGUCGAAAUAGAAACGCUGCAGCUGAAGUCGCUAAUUGUCUCUUUAUGCUUGAUGGUUCUUAUCCACAUUUCGAUGUUUCUCAAUAUUCAGAAUAUCCACAAGAAGAAGAAGAGCUCCUUCCACUUGGUCUCUGCUGUAGAAUCGAUCGAGUUUUAUUUGAUGCAACGGAUCAGAAUACAUUUGAUUUACUUUACUAA